CAUUACCUUUAAUUAUUCUUUUGAAGUCAAAUACUCAAAUUCUGUUCAAAGUCACUCGAGUGCAAUAGUAUCAGCAUUACCUGCCAUAUGCCAGAGCUUUCCAGGAUCAGGCAAAAGGGAAAUACCACUUUCACACAGUUCCUCCAUUUUAUUUGCUAAGCAAUAUCCAAUUACAGUAGCUGCUGCCAGUGGCAGAUGAAGUACACCUGCAGAUAGAGAUCUUCACUUUCUGCCUCAGAGUACAUGAUGUUAAGCUUCAACAUGAUAUGAAGCUAUUCUUGAAUCACUUUCUCUCACUCACUCAUCUCUCAAGUCUCCAAACUUCUCUUGUUACAUAUAUUUGGACUGAAAAUUACAAUAGAUAAAGAAAGAUCCAUGGAAGGAAACUAUCUGAACAGAAACACUACUCCACAGAGAGAUGAUAGCUUUGGCUUUGAGGAGCACACAUGGGGAACUUCAUGGCCUGCAAGAAACUAUGCUUGUAGUUUUUGCAAGAGAGAGUUUAGGUCUGCACAAGCAUUGGGUGGACACAUGAAUGUUCACAGAAGGGAUAGGGCAAGAUUAAGAUCAUCCUUAUCUUCGUGGGUUUCUGAAUGCCCUAAACCUAACCCUAGCACUAAGCCUAACCCAAAUCUUCUUCCACCCUCUUCUUCACCUUCUCCUUUAUCUGAUGAGCCUUUGAACUAUGCACACCCUUCUCCACUUUGUAGUCCUUGUCUCACUUUGUCUUCCUCACCUUCCCCAGCUUCUGCCAGUGGAGAUAAGAAACCAAGACUCACACCUUCUCAUCUUUUGAGUCCUCAAAGCAGGGAAAUUAAGAUGAUGAGUGGUUUAAGUGCUGAUGAGGAAAUGAAGGGCUGUGUAGAGGAGGAGGAGGAGGAGGAGGAACACAAGGGUUUCAAGAACAAUGAGCAGAACAUUACGUUGGAGUUAGGAAUAGGGUUGCUUAAACACCAAGAGGAGAAGUUAGAUUUGGAGCUUCGACUCGGGCAUUUCUAGCCAGGUGCAAUUUUAUCAAACAAAUUAAUGUAAUUUGCAACUUUAUAUUUGUUUAAACUUCUUGCACUAAUUUGGGAACCAAUUCAAGCUAGCUGCAGUUUUAUAUUAUAUAUGUUAAUUCUAC